AUGGCAGCCAAACUGUACGAUUUCUUGGGGUCCACAAAUGUUCCGGCGCAAUUUAGGAGGGUAGAUAUCAGCAAUAAACUUAUAACGCCGUUAAAAAGAUUUAAAAACAAUAUUACAGGAGCUACACAGCUCCAUCUACCCCCAUUGUGCCUUAGUGGAAUCCUUGCUGAUGAAAUGGGCCUCGGCAAAACCCUGUCCACUUUGGCGUUAGUGGUCGGAACGGCUGCAGAUCCGCAGGCCUCGAUAUCAUCGAAUCCAGAAGAUCAAAGAACGCUGAUCGUUGCGCCGCUCUCAACCCUCGGUUCGUGGGAGGAAGAAAUUAAAUGCUUAUAUUAUUUGCAAUAG